AUGUCCAAGACCUCUGCGUAUGCGACGCCAAAAUGGUGGAAAGAAGCAGUCGUCUAUCAAAUCUAUCCGUCCUCUUUCCAAGAUACCAAUGGCGACGGCUGGGGGGACGUCAGAGGCAUCACCUCGCGCGUCGACUACUUGAAAAUCCUAGGAAUUGACGUGGUUUGGACAAGUCCCAUCUACAAAUCCCCCCAGGCGGACAUGGGCUACGAUAUUGCGGACUACAAAACGAUAGACCCCAUCUACGGUUCCGUGGAGGACGUGGAGGAGUUGAUCUCUGAGCUGAAGAAGCGGGAUAUGAAGCUGAUGAUGGACUUGGUUGUCAAUCACACCUCGAAUCAGCACGAUUGGUUCCUUGAGAGUAGAUCUUCUAAGAACAACCCCAAACGUGACUGGUAUAUUUGGAAACCCCCGAAAUCUAUCAGUGACGCAGGAGGACCUGAACCCCCGAACAAUUGGGCUCAGAUCUUGGGUGAGGCCAAUUCUGCUUGGACCUAUGACACUGAUACAGGAGAAUAUUAUCUCUCUGUCUUCACGCCCGAACAACCAGACCUGAACUGGGAGAAUCCUGAAGUUCGCGAGGCUGUUUGGGAUGUCAUGCGAUUCUGGCUGAACAAAGGCGUCGCGGGCUUUCGCAUGGACGUCAUCAAUAUGAUAUCCAAGGUCCCAACUUAUCCGGACGCCCCCAUUGUCUUGGACCCAGCUACCCACCAGUAUCAACCGGGUACACAGUUCUUCGUGAACGGCCCUAAACUCCACGACUACCUCCGCGAGAUGAACCGAGAAGUACUAUCCAAGUAUGAAACCAUCACUGUGGGCGAAAUGCCCGGUGUGUCCGACGAGACGGAGAUUCUGCGCACAGUCGGCUCGGCCGCAGGCGGACUCAACAUGGUCUUCAUCUUCGACCUAGUGGACAUCGACAAGCCGAACGUGCGCAUGGCCCUGAAACCAUGGGACGUCAGGGAAAUGAAAUCGAUCAUCAGCCGCUGGCAACGAUGCAUGAUCGAGCGCGACGGAUGGAACUCAGUCUUCAUCGAGAACCACGACAACCCGCGCAGCGUGAGCCGGUACACGGACGAUAGCGACGCGUUCCGUGACAAGGGCGCAAAGCUCCUGGCUCUCAUGCAGACCACGCUCGGCGGCACCCUGUUCGUGUAUCAGGGCGAAGAGAUCGGGAUCCGCAAUGCCCCGACACACUGGGAGAUUAGCGAGGAGUACAAGGACAUCGAAACGAUCAAUUUCUGGAAGAAGUGCCAGCAGAUUUACAAGGACGACCCCGCCGGGCUAGAGCACGGUAAGAAGGUCAUCCAUAUGAAAGCUCGCGAUCACGCGCGCACUCCAAUGCAGUGGACGGCCGGGGACAACGCUGGAUUUUGCAGUCCCGGUGUCAAGCCUUGGAUGAGAGUCAUGGACGAUUUCAAAGAUAGCAUCAACGCCGAAGACCAGAUGAAGCAAACUGCCUUUCAAGAGCUAUCGACAUGGCAGUUCUGGCAACGAGGCAUCCACGAUCGGAAAAAACAUGCCGAUGUCUUCGUCUACGGCGAUUACCAGGAAAUCUCGCCCGAUGAUCCUAAUGUCUUUGCAUACAUUCGGAUGGGCAGCCAGACGGGGGAAAAAUGGCUGGUGGUCUUGAACUUCUCGGGCAGGAAUGUUGAAUGGAUUUUGCCGGAAGACCUGGAGGUCGAGUUCUGGGCACGCAGUAACUAUUUCAAGGGCCAACCAGAGAAGCCGCAAGAGGGGAAGAUCCCGUUAAAACCCUGGGAAGGCAUUUUGGCCAAAUGCUAG